GUCCAAUCAAUAUUCUUCCAAGGUUGCAGAUGUUGGAAGUAAUUCGUAUAACAAAUUGUGGUUCCCUUGAAGAACUCUUUACCGUUAAGCACCCACAAACUCACCAAAAUGAUGCUUCUGUUUCACUGAUCAAAUUGGUUGAACUAGUUUUAGAAAAUCUACCAAAGUUGAGACAAAUAUGGUGGGAUAGAACUCCAAACAAAACUCAUAGAUUUCAGAGACUUGCUUCUGUUGACGUUGCAGGUUGUGACCUUCUUGAUUGCAUCUUCCCAGUGUCCGUAGCUAGAGGUGUACCCCGGCUCCACAAACUGAAAGUUGGUUCUUGUUUAUCGGUGAAAGAGAUUGUUGGAAAGAAUGGAAGAGAAUCAGAACCAGAUGACGUAAUUCUCCCUAAGAUAUGUAGUAUCGAGCUUGAAGAUUUACCAAAUUUGAUCGGUUUCUGUACUAGGACGUCUGUGUUAAGGUGGCUUUCUUUGAAAGAACUACGAAUCUUGAACUGUUCAAAAAUGGGGUCCUUCAUUUCAACUUCAAGCAUGAAUGGUGAAGGGUCAGGAUGGUUCAUAGAGGAAAAGCGCUCAAACUCAAUUCAACCAUUCUUCAUGGAAAAGGGUUUUUUUCCGAGCUUGGAGAAACUGCGGAUCGAUGGCCUCGAGUGUGUAAAUGCCUUAUGGCAUAUAGAUAUUGUAGCUGAAUCGUUCAGUCAACUGAGAGUCCUAGAAGUGAGAAACUGCAACAGCUUGUCAAAACUUAUACCCUCGAGUUUACUCCCGAGGCUGCAGAAUCUGGAAGAAGUAUAUGCAACUCAAUGUUGUUUGCUCGAGAAGGUUCUAGAGCAAACGGAAGAAGAUUAUGUUGAAAAGGUCAUUCUUCCUAAACUUCACACCGUUCGACUAACAAACCUACCAAAACUUGCAAGUUUUUUAUCUGGGCAUCGCACUUUUGAAUGGCCAAGCCUUCAAAUAUUGGCUUUAGAGGACUGCCCAAGCUUAAAAACGUUCUCUUCGGUGCUCCAGGUUAUUCCUAAGCUAAAUGCAGUUGAGAUCGGCUACGGUUUACUAGUGUGGAAUGGAGAUUUAGACAGCACCAUUCGACAAUUAUUCCCGAGUUGAUGUAUGUGAUAAACCAAACUAAACAAACCCAAUAUAGUUUUUGUAACAACUCGUCCCACAUGUAUAAGAAGUGAGAUCUGUAAGCUCCUUAUAAGCUUCAAGUUAUGGGCUACUAAUAACUUCCCUAUGACUUUUAGCUGGAUUUGAAGUUAUUGAGCCAACCGGUUGCUUUGGGACAUUAGUAAUGGCAUCUUAGGCGAAUCACACAUCGCUGAUUACAAGGAGGAAGAUUUUGGGUAGGCUUGACAAGGACGUCAUUUUGCUUCUUAUAAACCCCAAAUCGUGGCACCAAUAACUUCCACCAUGGUUUUAAGUUGGAUUCGAAGUUAUUAGGCCAGCCUGUUGCUUUCACUAAUACUGAAAAAUAUGUGGAACCGCAUCAGAUAGAGAAGGGAGGUUCCAAUAUAUAUUGAGGAGAUAAGGUCCAAGUCUAGCCAGACGAUGAUUCAACUAUUAAUAGCUCUCACUCUUCUCCCACAAGGCGACAAUUCGGAGUUCCUCCCAAGAUGAUGAUUCCCUGGUUCGAGACUCAAAAUCGUUGAAUGAGAGUUGCCACACAUUAUGUUACCAAAUAGUCGUUGGCUCAACGAUAUCCGCAGGUCAAGGUUCAAACAUCACUAAAGGUUAGAAUUGUUUUCCUUUUUUGCAUAUGGAUUCUUUUAACUUUGAUUUCUCUUUUGAUAGAUGGAACCAAUGUUGUGUGUUUCUUGAUUAUUUUCUGUGUUUUUUCUUUGCAUUUACCAGGUUGAGUUCUUGCGUACACAUGGAAAACUAUAAAAAAAAAUUAGUAUCGUCAAAGGUGUCACCGUGUUAUUUUGUUGGGUGUAAACACAUAUAUUUCUUGAAACUACAAUAAUAGCGUAAGCUUUUGUUGGCAGAGUUAGUUCGCAUGGUCUUCUCUCCUUCCAGGAGCGG